AUGCUCAUCGGCAUUUGCGGCUCAAAAUGUGCCGGCAAGUCCACUGUGGCCCAGUACCUGAUAGACCACCACGGCUUCAAGAAACUUCGUCUCGAGGAUGAGACAGCGGUCCACAAGAAUGGUAUCUCUUCCGGAACUACGGACUCUGCAAUGCCACAGCAGCACGGCACACAAACACCAGACGCCGUCAGCAAGCUCGGCCGGGGGCAAAGUUAUCAACAACAGCACAGCUUCGCCACCGUCGCAAGCCUGCUCGACCACGUCACCAAGCACUGGCGGUCGCGCUGGGUGACGACGGACAUCCACAACGAAGCCGUCCUCGAUGCCCUCAGCAGGCGACCCUUCUUCAUCCUUCUCAGCGUCGACGCACCCCUCACAGUCCGCUGGCAGCGGUAUAAGCAGCGGCGGCAGCAGCAGCAAGCCUCCAGCACCUCCCUGGAGACAUUCGUCUCCGAAUCCGACGCACACCUCUACGACCCGGUAAACGGCGUGCUGCCGCUCGUCUCGCGCGCCGCGAUCCGCCUGCUCAACACGUCGUCGGACCUCGCGCACCUCUACGCGACCCUGGGCAAGCUCGACCUGACCAACCAGGACCGGCUCCGGCCCUCGUGGGACUCGUACUUUAUGCAGCUCGCCUCGCUCGCCGCGCAGCGGUGCAACUGCAUGAAGCGCGCCGUGGGCUGCGUGCUGGUCGACGGGACGAAGCGCACCGUCAUCAGCACGGGCUACAACGGCACGCCCCGGCACCUGCGCAACUGCGGCGACGGCGGGUGCCCGCGCUGCAACUCGGGCGACUCGGCGAGCGGCGUCGCGCUGGGGACGUGCCUGUGCCUGCACGCCGAGGAGAACGCCCUGCUCGAGGCCGGGCGCGAGAGGAUCAGGGAGGGCAGCGUGCUGUACUGCAACACCUGCCCCUGCCUCACGUGCAGCAUCAAGAUUGUCCAGGUCGGCAUCGGCGAGGUGGUGUACAACCAGGGCUACAGCAUGGACACCGAGACGGCCGAGGUGUUUAGGAGUGCUGGGGUUCGGCUGCGGCAGUUUUCUCCGCCUGCCAACGGAUUAAUACAUCUGGAGAAGAUGGAGCUGUACUGA